AUGCUCAACCUAUAAAAUGACUUCUCACUGUCAGUAUUCUUGUCAUUUCAGUGAGAAGUUUGAGUUGAUUAGCACGUGCUGACGAAUUGGAGCUACGUGUAACUGAAAGUUUUGUUUAGUUGGUUAUUUUUAUUUUAUUCCUUGUUUUUGCUUAAGUGAUAAAAAGCACAUAAAGUUUCUGUUAAGCAACUGCAGUAAAGUGUUUUUAAAAUGUUAUCGUCUAUGAGUGAACUUUUCGCUGAUCACGAAAUGAAUCAUUUUGUGGAAUAUAAAACAAAUGGUAGUGUUGAGCAAGACAGUUUAGAUUUAACCAGAUUGAAUGAUGGUAAAUUUUGGACCACCGAGUUGGAUAACGUGCCAUUCCUUGACCGCAGUACGAUGGGAUCGUUUACUGAUCUGGAUGAAUUGCCACCAACGUAUGAUGAAUUUUAUUCAUCCAAGCUUGUCAUUCCGUCAGUAGUGCAACCCAUGAAACAUUCAGGAUUUCUCAGCAUCCCAUCAACAUCAAUUUUCCUAAAUUACCAAGAAACCGAAGCAGUGAGGACCAAUGCUACUAAAUCGAAUAAUAUGUCAUUCGAGUGCAAUGAAGUAAUUGAUUCUACGUUAUCAACCAAUGCAGACGGAAAUAGUUCAAAUGGCGCUUUCGCUGCUGACAGUUAUAUUGGUUCAACUAAACGCUCCCGUACGGCCUUUACUAGUUCUCAACUAGUGGAGCUGGAGAAAGAAUUUCAUUCUAACCGUUACCUAUGCAGACCGCGUCGAAUUGAGCUUACUCGUAAGCUAGCAUUGACCGAGCGUCAGAUUAAGAUAUGGUUUCAGAAUCGACGCAUGAAACAUAAAAAAGAAAGCUCAAAUAUUAAGAUCAUAAGCAAGAUUAAAAGUUCUUGCCAUUGUACAGAUGGAGAAUCGUCGCGGUCACCUAAAAUUUCUUCUCCAGCAUCUCCUCAUAGCGUUCAGGCGACGAUUGUAGGGGAUGACGAUCACAAUGGACACCAAAACAUAGUGAACCGCUUGAUGGCACAUUCUACGUAUGCCCCUAGAACGAAAGUAUAUAACAUUACUACCCUUGAUUCGUACAACAGAAACUCUGUCACGCAUAACGCACAAUCUUAUAAAACAUGCUCAAACAAUAUCAGUUUGGAAACUUCGUACACUUCAGAAAUAACUAGUGCUAAUGCUGAGAAAAUAUUCGACCAACAGGCAAGAUGCACCGACUUAUCUGGUCAUUCAAAAAUGUUAUCUCAUAACAACGAGAUUCACGAAGAGCUAAAAGAAUUAGAGAGUUACGCCUAUUUUCCCUCUAUCAUCCAGGCACUCGAUUUAAGCUUGCUUUCCCAUCCCAUGGCACAAAAAACGACGACAUCGAUUGAUGAAUCACUCAAGGAAUCUUCGCAGAUGACUAUCUUAAUGCCUUCGAUAUCCUCUGCCUUUACCGAUGAUAUAAGCAACGUCAAUCCUUUAGUUGACACUUCGUACCUUCCUCUCGGUAGUUUUAAUCAUUCUUCUGAGGCUUGUAGCACAUCUCUCGAUAAUGAUGGUAAUGCACCAUCUGUCACUAUUCAGUGGGGUAAUAAGAAUUGCCAAAAAUAUCACCACAAACUGCCUGUUAUUCAGCAGGAAGUAACCGAGGAUUCAAACAACAACAAAAGCAGCAAUUAUGACUACCUUUGCGAUAGCUCGGAUCUAGUCCAACAACGCCACAUCAUUCAUUCCCAACCCAUUCCAUCAUUAAAUAAACAACAACCACACGAUGCUUUUGAGGCGAGAGUCAACGUUUCUGCGCAAGAAACUACAACGUCUGUUCCAACAUUUUCUAUCCACUCUUCAUCUAGUGAUACUGACAACGUGUUUCUAGAUUUAUAAAAACCCAGAUAACAUACUUAACUCAAUUUUCAUCAAACAACAUUUACCAUAUAAUGGGUACUACGACAUCUGGUAAUUAAAACAAACGUAAUUUGAAUUUAAGAAACAUACAACAUUAUUCUCUUACUUGCUUACAAUAAAUGUACCUUUAAACAUUCUAAUAA